AGAAGGACCCGGGCGAAGAGGCUCCCUUGGCUUCCUUUGCGGUCAUGGCUACUACGGUCGGAAGGCUGCUGCUUUGCCGGCCCAGCCCGGGCGGCGGGGCCCGCUGGAGAUUUAUAGCGACAUCGCCAGCUGCUCAGCUGUCACCCACCGAACUGACAGAAAUGAGGAACGAACUUUUUAAUAAAGAGAAAAGUAGGCAGUUGUCGUUGACUCCCCGAACAGAAAAAAUCGAAGUUAAGCAUGUUGGGAAAACUGAUCCUGGCGUCGUCUUCUUGAUGAACAAAAACAUUUCAACUCCCUACAGUUGUGCCAUGCAUUUAAGUGAGUGGUACUGCAGGAAGUCCAUUCUGGCGCUUGUGGACGGACAGCCGUGGGACAUGUAUAAGCCUUUGACCAAGUCCUGUGAGAUUAAAUUUCUUACUUUCAAAGACCCUGACCCAGGAGAAGUGAAUAAGGCCUACUGGCGUUCUUGUGCCAUGAUCAUGGGCUGUGUAGUAGAAAGGGCCUUCAAAGACGAGUAUGCAGUCAGCUUGGUGAGAGCACCAGAAGUUCCUGUAAUCGCUGGGGCCUUCUGCUAUGAUAUAGUUUUGGAUAAAAGGCUGGAUGAAUGGAUGCCAACAAAAGAGAACCUGCGUUCUUUCACAAAAGAUGCCCAUGCUUUAAUGUUUCGGGACCUUCCCUUUGAAACUCUGGAAGUUGAUGCAAAAGUAGCCUUAGAAAUCUUUCAACAUAACAAGUAUAAGUUGGACUUCAUAGAGGAGAAGGCAUCUCAGAAUCCUGAGAGAAUAGUCAAGUUACACAGAAUUGGUGACUUCAUCGAUGUGAGUGAAGGCCCUCUUAUCCCAAGAACAAGCAUCUGUUUCCAGUACGAAGUGUCAGCAGUCCAUAAUCUCCACUCCACUCAGGCGAGCCUCACAAGGAGAUUUCAGGGCCUGUCUUUACCCACCCACUUGAGAGCACAUUUUACAAUAUGGGACAAGCUAUUGGAAAGAUCACGGAAAAUGGUGACUGAAGAUGAAAUCAGACAGACAGAGAACACUGUAUCUACCCAGUAACCUUCUAAAAUUUAAGUAUGUAUAGUAAGUUAAAAUAAAAGCCUUUAAUAUAAUAUGUUUGCUUUAGCUCUGGCUACGUCGCAACCUCCAUUUAUAAACAUAUGUGAAAAUACACUGUAUCUGUUGCCAUCUCUUGCUUUGUUAAACAGUGGUGUGGUGAACAUCCUUGUCUAAAAUCAUGCCUUUGUAGUUAGAAGAUGCUAUUAACUGUGUAGUUACUUUGUGCCAACAUGGUAAGACCGCCACAGAAAGUUUUUCUGUAUUUUUGUCUGAGACAGGGUCUCAGUAUGUAGUCAGGCCUAGCCUGGAACUUGCUAUGCUGUCCUCCUGCCUCAGCCUCCAGAGUGCUGGAAUUAGGGUGUGAGCUUUUUAGUUAAUUGUCACAAUUCAUUCAGACGGUGUUUCCAUUUCAUAAGCCAGGAAACAGAGUUUGAAUGCAGGUGAUUUGUCUCCGCUACUUUGUGCUGCCUCUUGUAUGAAAACCUGCAUAGGGUUGCAGUUCCGGUAGUGAAGCUACUGCUAGAUGCUGCAGACGCUAGCCUCCGAAGGGCUUGGUUUUUGUAUUUUUAAAAAAUAUAUAAAACUUUUUUAAUAUUUAAAUAUUAAACUUUUAGUAAACUUUAUUAUAAAAUGUUGCAAAUAAAAAAUAUCGUACACCAAAAUUAACUAGACCCAAAGUCUGUACACAUACUCAGUGAACUUCCACGCAGUUAGAAUAGCCAUUUGGGAUGGAGGCCGUGGAGUGUUGCAUUGAAUUUUCAUACUUUAACUAUUGAAUAUAUCUGUGUGCACUUAGCCAUCAUCAGUUGUGAAAGACCCAUGACAGUGUUUUAGCUGGAAAAGGAAUUAGCUUUAUACCCCUUUUGCAGGAGAAUUGUCUGUAUUCUGUCAAUCCUGUUAUAAAUAAAUGCUGAUUGGCCAGGCAGGAAAUAUAGGCGGGAAAACCAGACAGGAAGUAGAAAUGAUAUAAUGAGAACAGGAGAAUUCUGGGAAGGAGGAAGUUGAUUCCUCCCACUCCUGCCCAGACCACCGAAGCAGCAGGAUGUGAGCUGCCUCACUGAAAAAAGGUACUCAGCCACAUGGCUAACAUAGAUCAGAAAAAUGGGUUAAUCAAGAUGUGAGAGUUAGUGAGAGGCUAGAGCUAAUGGGCCAAUCAGCUUAUAAUUUAUGGAGACCUAUGUGUGAUUUUCUUUGGGAUUAAACAGUUGUGGGGUACUGGGCAGGGCAGAAAACCCCAACAACAAGCAGGCCCCCUCAUGUUACACCCUUUCCUCUCUCAUGUCCAUUACUUGCAUUCAGGUUUUGACAAGGGAUAUUCUCCACAGUGUUUGAAAAUACCUGCUUCAUCUCACCUUUGAGCAGACUUUGAUUACUGGAUUUUCUUCUUUUUUGGAAGCCUUUGCCAAAACUUUUUUUCUUUUCCAGUCUGAAUACUUCUGAACCAGUGCCCAGGCUUUGUCUGAAGCUAUUAUUUCCUGUAUAAUAUAUAUUUUGCCUCUCCAGUUUAUUGUCUAUUUCUUGCCCAAUUCUCAUUUUCCUGGAGUUGAUCUUUCCGAUCCUUCCUACAGGAAAAGGGAAGGCAAACCGGGUUUCUAACUGGCUUUUCUCUGUACGUGCCUCUGUGCAGCUCUCUGGCCAGAUGCCGAAGUCUUCUUUGAAAUUCCUUGUCAGCCUUUAGAAGUAGUUCAGUUGGUGAUAUAGAUAUGAAUAAUUUGCAUUGGUAUGGAUUUUAAGGUCAAUUUUGUUAUAUGUGUAUGUAUUUCUGAUCCUGAUUAAGGUAUUGUGACUGUGUAGUUCAUUUGAAAUGUAAUGUAUAAUUAGGAAAUAUAGGUUGCUAACGGAUAAUCAUCAAUAAUAGCCAAGUUUGUAGACAUGUUAGAUUUUCUAGAUAUAUAGAGAUAUAUUUCAAUUAGAUAGACAUUCUUCAUAUCUUUCAAAGACUGCAGAAUAUAGCAUUUAAUGUUU